AUGAGUUUAAUCAAAAAAAUUUUUUAUCCAAACAUUAUACCAAAAAUAAAAAAUCAAAUACAGUGUUACAAUAUUAAUCAUAAUAUAAAAAAUGCAUUAAUAUCUGAAACUGGUAUUUUGAGUAUUCAUUUUUGGGCUCCCACAUUUAAGUGGUCUAUAUCUUUAGCUAAUAUAAUUGAUAUAAAUAGAAAUCCAAGUUUACUGUCAUUACCUCAACAAUUUGCUAUAUUUUUAACUGGGUUGCUAUUCACGAGAUUUUCAUACGCUAUAAAACCGCGAAAUUACAAUUUAAUGACUAUUAACUUAUUCAUGAGUUUAACAGCUCUAUAUCAAAUUGCACGUAUUGCAAAUUAUAAGUAUAACAUAGAUAAAAAUGAAAAAUAA